AUGUUACAUGUUUACAGCAGUGUGUGUCAAGAAGGUGGUUUUACAGUAGUGGUGUGCAGUGGUGAUGGUCAAAGUAAGGGUGGUUUUUACAGCAGCGGUGAUGGUCAACGUAAGGGUGGUGUUUACAGCAGUGGUGAUAGUCAAAGUAAGGGUGGUUUUUGCAGCAGCUGUGAUGGUCAAAGUAAGGGUGGUUUUUACAGCAGUGGUGGUGGUCAAAGUAAGGGUGGUUUUUACAGCAGAGGUGAUGGUCAAAGUAAGGGUGAUUUUUACAGCAGUGGUGAUGGUCAAAGUAAGGGUGGUUUUUACAGCAGUGGUGAUGGUCAACGUAAGGGUGGUUUUUACAGCAGUGGAGGUGGUCAAAGUAAGGGUGGUGUUUACAGCAGUUGUGAUGGUCAAAGUAAGGGUGGUUUUUACAGCAGUGCUGAUGGGCAAAGUAAGGGUGGUCUUUACAGCAGUGGUGAUGGUCAAAGUAAGGGUGGUUUUUACAGCAGUGGUGAUGGUCAACGUAAGGGAGGUUUUUACAGCAGUGGUGGUGAUCAAAGUAAGGGAUGUUUUUACAGCAGCGGUGAUGGUCAAAGUAAGGGUGGUUUUUACAGCAGUGGUGAUGGUCAACGUAAGGGAGGUUUUUACAGUAGUGGUGGUGAUCAAAGUAAGGGUGGUUUUUACAGCAGCGGUGAUGGUCAAAGUAAGGGUGGUUUUUACAGCAGUGGUGAUGGUCGAAGUAAUGGCGGUUUUUACAGCAGCGGUUAUGGUCGGAGUAAGGGUAAUUGUUACGGUGGUGGUAAUGGUCGGAGUAAGGGUAAUGGUGUCGGUGGUGGUGAUGGUUGGAGUUAG